AUGUUGGGGGCUCUGGAAAUAACAGGUAGUUCCGAUCAUGCGAAAGAUCACAUCCCAUUUCUGUCACGCUACACCUCCAAAACUGAAUUCUUGUCUUAUGUGCUGCUCUACCUGGUGAAGAUGCCUUUCCCGCCUGUAACAAGACCUCAGAGUCUUUCCAGCUCGGGCAAAGAAAAACCUUCAGGGCUGUUGCCUAUCAUUCCAGUCAAGACUGUAGAGGAGAAAAGUUCUGUGAAGGAACGUAUCAAGAAGUUGAGCAAGAAGGCCACACCACAUAAAAGCAAGCUGCCCACUAGUCGAGCCACUUCCAACUUGAGGAUGGAGGGUAAAAGUGCUUGGAUUAUGACUCCAAGACCUGCUGAUCCUUCAGGUUCCUCGACUCCAACUUCAAAAAGUACUUCCGGCAAUAGUACCUCAACAACCAAUUUGCGAUCAGCAAAACCCUCUAGCAAGAAGAUGCUUCCUGUCAGCGUUUCAGCAACAAACAUUCCCACAAACUCUUGUAGUCCAUCAAGAUCAGGCCAUGGACUGAAUAGUGAAUCAAACUUCUCUCUCAACUUGACUCCUGAGGCCACCUUGCUCCUGCAGAAACGUAGCCGUGAGAAGCAGCUCCGUGGCACCGUAACGGCACCACAUCGGAAAGACCGCCUGCCUGCCAAGUCAGGUUCUCGCUCCAACAUCCCACUGGUGAAGAUCUCUCUUCUAAAUGAGCGUCACCGAUAUGACGACGUGGAAUAUGAGGAAAACGAAGAUCAGAGUGUGGAUCAAAGCGUUUUCAAAUGUUCUGAAUGGUUGCGAGGGGUGGAGAAUGCUGCUGGUACUGCAGUCCUGGGUAGAGUGGACAAAAUCAGUCAGAAGAGCAUCUAA